AUGCUCCGCCGACAAGGACUGCAGGGGACGUACAAGACGCUGCGUUUGCGACGGCGCUUGUGGCUGGAGUUGUAUCAAGAUGUGUUCGUUUCAACUCAGAGAUGCGAGACUGUAAAGCUGCUACUGAAUGGAAAGUUCCAGAUUGUUCCAUUCAGCCGGUUCGCCGCCAUCGUCAAAUACAUCUGCUAUCCAGGGUUUGAACUAGUGGGCCAGAAGGAACGGGUCUGCCAGGGAGAUGGGUACUGGAGCGGUAGGGCGCCAAUUUGUAGGCCCCUCGUAUCAAACGUUCAAAAUAUGGCUGCAUAUGAAGAAGGAACGUGUUCGAAACCACCGGCCAUAAAACACGCCACUCACGACGCAAGCCCCGCCCUAAAAUCAUUCCCUCUCGGUACCCAGUUGACCUACAGCUGCCUCAAUGGUUUCAAGUCAGAAGGGGGGUACAGGGCCCUCUGCGUAGGGCAGGGGCGGUGGGUGGGCCUUUCCAUGACAUGCCAACCCAAGCAGUGCGGUCAUCCAGGCGACCCUGCGAAUUCGAUACGAGACGGAAAUAUCUUCACUUACCCGCACAAAGUUUCGUACACCUGCCUGGAGGGCUACACCAGGAUCGGCCGCUACCAGAUUCUCUGCCAGGCAGACGGCAGAUGGUCCAAUGUACCUCCGAUCUGCAAACCAAAAACAUGCAGAGAACUUAGCCCGCCAACGAAUGGCUUGAUAACAGGCAUGGAUUUCACGUACGGAGCAACUAUAAGAUACAAUUGUUUGAAGGGGUUUGUUAUAAGGGGUCCAUCCGUAAGAAAGUGUCAGUCAAGUGGGUACUGGAGCGACGAAACCCCAGAGUGUGUGCUUGUAAAUUGUGGCAGUCCGGGCCCAAUAUACAACGGCUACUACAUCUCCCGUCCCGACACCAGUUACGGAGCUAAUGUUACUUUUUUCUGUUACAACCACACGAACUUCGAUGGAGCCUCAAACGUCGCCACAUGUCUGGGCAAUGGAAGUUGGUCGCACCCGGCUCCCAAUUGCUGGGUGAAAUGUUUCAUCCCACAAAUUGAGAACGGAACGCUGGACAACGCCACGAAGCAUCUGCAUUACAUGAAGCACGGACAAUCAUUCAACUUCACGUGUCAGUCAGGAUUCCUCAACGAGUUCCCAUCCGAUCCACCAACCUGCAAAAAUGGGACUUGGAGUCGGAAAACUUUUUGCAAGCCUGCGCCGUGCAACGGAAGACCUCCGGAGUUGAAAAAUGGUUUAGUGCGUUACCACUCAUUUGAGCACGGUAGCAAGGCCCAGUGCAUAUGCAACCUCGGAUUCAAAAUCAUCGGCGAACCAUUCCUCACGUGUCACUACGGCAAAUGGGUGGGUAGAAUGCCAAAGUGCGAUGAAGUCUUUUGCAAAUUCCCUGGCAACGUAAGCAACGGGCAGUUGUUGUUGGUCGGAGACAUAGGAAAGUACGACUACCCACCUUACGCCACAAAAGUGAAACACAACCAGCAAAUUGAAUACCAGUGUGAUAAGGGCUACGGCCAGGUGGGGAACAAAGCGGCAACCUGUGUGGACGGCCAGUGGAGUCCUCCCAUGAGACCAAAGUGCGAGUUGAGAAAACAUCCACCUCUACCCACAACUAGCAAGAAAUUCUAUUGA